AUGGGAUUCAAACUUGCCAAACGAUGCAGCAACUCUUCCAUUUCCACAUGUCCCGAGACACCCACCAGCUCUAGCGAGUUCCUGGAAAUUCCAAACACACCAGGACAAUCGGUGAGCGAAAAGAAUUGCUUUCGGCACUUGAAAAAGUGGUGUUGGGAGAACGAUGUGACAAUGGAAGACUCGUUGAUUAUGAGGUUUGCCAACUUUUACAACUUUAACGAAGAGGCUACCAAGCUCGCUCUCGAAAGACAUCAAGACAAUCACUUCUUGAAAUUGCAGAUGCGAGGCCCAAUCGUCAAACAAUUUCAGAAAGGUGCUUUGUUUCCUCUUCCAGGCCUCAAGACCAAAAGGCAACGAAGUGAAGUGUGUUACUUCCGCCCCUCAAGGUUUUGCCCUAAAACCGCUGAUUCUUCGGUCCUUAUCGAGAAUCUCUGUUAUGUUCUCAAUGACUUGAGCACCACAGAAGAGCAAUGCCAACAUGGUAUUACUUUUCUGGCCAAUAUGAAAUCCUUUUCCACCAAAUUGUACGAUGAACAAUUCUGGUUGGAACUCUUGAAUGUCUUGCAAGGCAAUGUCAUUCCCGUUCAUAUUGCCUCGUUUAUUGUGUUGAAUCCACCCACGUGGUUUGGCCGCAUUUGGCGCCAAAUGAACACACACAUGAGUCCCGACUUUUUGAAGAAAGUGAGACUCGUGGAACGGGAAGACCUUCCCGAUUACUUUGAACAAGGAUACGAAACUUACAUGCCAUCGGACAUGCAAGGUUGGAGAAAAACUUCGGAAAUGGUGGAAGACUACAUCGAUCGAAGGGUGUUCAUCGAUAAGCAAGCGGUCAAGAAGAAGAAGCACCGGUUCAGUGAAUCUCUGGAACUUCGAUUGUUGGAAGUUCCACUGGAAGUAUAA